GCACGUGACGCUUCCCCACAGACGCGUUCAAAACCGUGUUCGAAAGUUUGCUUCCACCACCAUCGCGUCGUCUGCAGCCACCGUCUACUCUCUUCUCGUCCACUCAACUACUUGUGGUUUCUAUAUCUCACCACUCAUGGAGCAAAUCACCACCACCGUUGCACCCCUUCGAGCGGCAAAGGCAGCGACCACCGGCUCCUCAGCAGAGUCUCUUGGGAGUGUCACAAAACGACUGAGUAAUGAGCUCAUGACUCUGAUGAUGUCAUCGUCGCCUGGAAUUUCUGCAUUCCCGAAAUCAGACUCGAAUCUCUUCGAGUGGGCGGGUACAAUUGAGGGUCCAUCGGGCACGAUCUAUUCUGGCCUGACAUUCAAGAUCUCCAUUAACUUCCCUGCAAACUAUCCUUAUGCAGCACCUGCUAUCAAAUUCGACUCUCCUUGCUAUCAUCCAAACGUCGACAUCAAUGGGGGCGCAAUCUGUCUAGAUAUCCUUCAAGACAAAUGGUCGGCCGUCUAUAGUGUUCAGACCAUUCUCUUAUCCUUGCAAUCGCUCCUUGGUGAGCCAAAUAACGCAUCACCCCUAAAUCCCGACGCUGCUAAACUGUGGGACACGCCGGAUGAAUUUAAAACGCAAGUCAUGAAAUACUACCGACCCCUCGCUGAUGCAUGACCGUGAAGCACGUGCAGUAUUUCUCCGUCUAUCUUCGCAUUGCUCUCGGACUCUCCAUCUCAGUGUUGGGACUAUCAUUCAUAGGAUCUCUUCAUAGAUACAUACGGCUUCCGCCAUGUAUAUCAGCCCAUGUACACAUGAUUUUCACUCUUCAUUUGCAUUUAUUUUUCUUCUACCGAUCGAUUCAUGGGCUGUUUAUAUCGACUGUAAUAAGAUAUCUUCGCACCU